UCCACACCCCCACCCCCCAGACACCGGAGGCGCAGCUCGGUGUGAAGUUGCUGCUCUCCACCGGUCUCCCCUCCUCCUCCAGUGGACAUGGGACCAACCGGCUCCGAGCGGACAUCCACCGGCUCCUCUGCACCUUCCGUCCGUGUUUCGGGCUCCAUCAGCCGGGGAAACCCCGCUGCGCGACGCUGAGCGCUCUGAUUGGCACCGACCUUCACCUUUCCCGUGGCUGUGUUUGUUACGCGUUGCGUAUGGACUUCAGGAGUUGCCAGUGAAGCGUGUUGGUAAUUUCCGUUCACACAGCUGAAGAUGGAGACGGUGAUGGAGAGGGAGUGCAGCGCGCUGGGGGGGCUCUUCCAGACCGUCAUUGGAGACAUGAAGGGUGGUUACCCAGUCUGGGACGACUUCAUCAGUAAGGCCACCAAACUACAGUCACAGCUAAGGACAACGGUGGUGGCAGUGGCAGCCUUCCUGGAUGCCUUUCAGAAGGUGGCUGAUCUGGCGACCAGCAGCAGAGGAGGGACCAGGGACAUCGGCUCGGCUCUCACCAGGAUGUGCAUGAGGCAUCGUAGCAUCGAGGCCAAACUCCGACAGUUCUCUUUGGUGUUUCUCGACUGCCUGAUCAACCCUCUCCAGGAGCAGAUGGAGGAGUGGAAGAGAGCGGCCAACACUCUGGACAAAGACCACGCCAAAGAGUAUAAGAAAGCUCGUCAGGAGAUCAAAAAGAGAUCAUCCGACACACUGAAGCUGCAGAAAAAAGCAAAGAAAGCUGAUGUAUUUGGCCGUGGAGACCUCCAGCCUCAGCUGGACAGCGCCAUGCAGGACAUCAGCGAUAAAUACCUGCUGCUGGAGGAGACAGAGAAGCAGGCUGUACGGAAGGCGCUGGUCGAGGAACGAAGUCGUUUCUGCUGCUUUGUCUCCAUGUUGCGGCCCGUCGUGGAUGAGGAGAUGUCAAUGCUGGGGGAGAUCACCCACCUCCAGACUCUGACAGAUGACCUGAAAGCUCUGACCAUGGACCCACACAAGCUUCCAGCUUCCAGUGAGCAGGUCAUUGUAGACCUGAAGGGCUCAGAGUGCACCUGGUCUUACCAGACUCCGCCCUCUUCACCGAGCACCACCGUAUCCAGGAAGUCUAGCAUGUGCAGCAGUCUCAACAGCGUGAACAGCAGCGACUCUCGCUCCAGCGGCUCCCACUCCCACUCCCCCACCUCCCAUUUCCGUUACCGCGCCUCCUCCUCCUCUUCUUCCUCGGUGCUUCCACAGCAGACGCCGGCCCGCCUGUCCUCGGUCUCCUCCCACGACUCUGGCUUCAUGUCCCAGGAUGCCUUCCAGUCCAAAUCCCCAUCACCGAUGCCCCCAGAAAACUUGCAGUCUGUCAAUGAGGAGGCAUCCUCUUCCUCUUCUUCUUCCUCAUCCCCCUCACACACCGAGCCCAGCUCCGGGCAGCAACAGUUGUCAAACGGCUUUGAUCAUCACGCUGCCCUCUGUCUGCACGGAGUGGUGUUACAGGCCCAGGAUACUCACCUCCACCCCUCAUACUUCACCUACUCCUCUUCCUCCACCACCACCUCUCCCAUAUCCUCGCCCUCUUAUCAGUCUGUCUCUCCCACGUGGCCGCAGCCUCAAUCAGGCCUCGGCCAAUCAGGAGAGUUCCCGCCUCUCAGCCCAUCAGGGGUCGGAGUGAUCCCCUCAUCCAGAAUCCCAUCCUGGAAGGACUGGGCCAGACCGGGUCCUUAUGACCAGCCGACGGUCAAUACUCUAAGGAGGAGCAAGGACAGGAGAGAAACUACAGAUCCCAUCAACCACCAUGGUGUUGAUGUUACCACAGCAGGGGAGGAAUCACUUGGGGUCAAAGGAGGCCACUCUCUGGCUUCCCCAAAGGGGGACAAAGAGGCCCACGAGGAGUUGGCCCGAGCACUGGCCCGAGGCCUCCAGCUGGACAUCCACGGCUCUAGCAGGGACUCGCUGCAGGGCUCCAGUGGCUACAGUAGCCAGACCAACACACCCUGUUGCUCAGAGGACACCAUCUCCUCACAAGUGUCCGACUGUGACUACUACAUCAGUGUGGAUCACGAGUCUGAGCAGCAGCACCAGCAGUCUGAUUUUGAUAAGUCCUCGACUAUCCCGAGGAACAGCGACAUCUGCCAGUCUUACCGCCGCAUGUUCCAAUCCAAACGCCCCGCUUCCACUGCUGGUCUGCCCUCCAACCCUCCAGCUAUCGUCACCCCGGGGGUUGCUACAAUUCGACGAACUCCUUCCUCCAAACCGAACUUGCGACGGCCCUCUGGAGGCCUCAGCCUGGGCCCUAUUCCCAUCAAACCACCCAUGAUCCCAGUCAAGACCCCCACUGUGCCUGAACAUCCAGGUUUCCCUUUCAGGUCAGCGUCAGAAGAUUGUACACCACCAAGGACCCCACUAAGCCCUUCAACUUCAUUGUCACCAAAGUCCGUCACUUUGGAGAUCCAGCGGCUGGACGAGGGAUCAGACCCUCCCACCCCACCGCCACAGCCGAACAUUCGUUUGUGUGACUGGGAGCGUCAACGUCUCCCUGAACUCCUGGAGGAGGCAGAAUAUUGUGAGGUGGAAGACUUCCUGGUGGCUAUCCGUCGUGGCGUCAAGCUCAAGAAGGCAACAACCAAUGACCGAUCGGCACCACUGAUCAGUCACUGAGACCACCUGGGCCAGUUUGACUUGAUCCAGUUUCAUGGACACAAGCUAUGACAGCUAAGCUUUAGGGAACAAAAGCUACAAACUGAAAUAAGUGCAAAAAUUAGCGAAAGUUGCUUCGGGACUAAUUUGGGAUCAGCUCAGAAGUGUCUGAAGUAAAUGUUUGCAGUGCCAAAAAGUAGCUGUAUGCAAAUCGUUUCAAGCGUGUUGCUUGUGCUAACGUGCAACGUAUCGAUACUGUUUAAGCUGACCAACGCUGGUCCAAGAUUCUUCCCCCAAGGCAACUUCAGCAGGUAGAAGACGUGACAGGAUACCACCUGUACAUCAGUGGUUUGGUGGAUAAAAGUGUAAAAGAAAUGGAAAGAGGUAACUUAGAUUAUGAGCUAGGAGUUAUGUCGUAUUUUCAAAAGAUCAAACGUGUUUGUAUAUAUUUAGAUUGACGUGUUUGUACGUUUCGUUAGCCAUACGACCGUCUUAUAUCCCUGCUGUCUCCCAUAACCACGAAAUGUGCCAAAAGCCUCUGUGCCAGAUUACAAUCUAUUUAAAACAUUUUUCCUUUUAUGUCCUAGCAUAGGAGUGUUUGCCACAAAAACACACAGCUACAGAAAUUUGUAGGAUAGCAGAUUGAAGAGAGUAAUCUUGUAUAGUUGAUUUUUUUUCAUGUUACACUUAUUAACAUGUUUAUGCAUGUUUUUGUUUAUUUAGACUUUUUUUAUUAAACACGAGCAAAUAAAACUUACAAUCCCCACCUGUGGUUGGAAAUGGUAGCAGCAGGUCAAAAUUAUAGAUGCUGUACAAUUCAUACCAACGAGUGUGUAAACUUUAAAUUAAAAAUAUCCUUAGGUGCUGCUUGUAUUUAUUUCUGAUUUUGUAAUUUAGCUUAAAUUCUUUAAUUUUUCAUUUGUUUUUCUAUAAAAGCACUUUGAGCAAUUCCAACCCUAAAAACAAAGUCACAAAUAUUGCAACAAGGUCAUUUAUUUCAAACGGUGAACCUAUAAUGUGCCAAUGUCUGUAUGUGUUAACAUACGGUUGAAGUCCAUAGCACUCAUAGAGCCUGUUGCUAUUGCUCUGUGGUAAUAGAAGUGGAUUCAUGUCUUGCUGUUCUAGUGAAGCCUUUGUGCUGAGGUAGCUGGCACUGGUGAGUCUGGUUUUAGUGGGGAAAACGUGCUGCAGUUACCAGUUUUAUUACGAUAUAUACGGGAAAAUGAAAAUCACGAUUAUUUAAAGACAAUCAGACAAGAAUUCAUAUUCAAGUUCUGACGCUAAGCCAGUUUAGCCCGCUUAUUAAUGUCUUGAUGUAUAUCUGGUUUAAAGUAGCAGCAAUAGCUGGAUGUCAAAGUUUAAAUUAGAAUAUGAAAAAUUCAUCUUUCUGACGUGAAUAUGUGAUGGAUGUAAUGUUCUGGUUGUUCACUCGGAUAAAUAUCCCAUAAAUGAGCAGCGGCACCUGAUUCUGCAGUCCAUCAUAUACAAAUAUCACACAUUUACUCUAAACUCUGCUGUUUUGAGUCGAAGCAUCUAAACGUUAGACCAGUUUUGGUGAGCUACUUUACAAUUAAUUUAGAUACAAUCUCAUCUGUAGGGAAACUCUGGGUCAAGUUUGCAGUCUGUAGCUUUUGCAAAGGUUUAUAAAUUAGUGUUUGCAUGAAUUAAUUUGACUUUUAGUUGUUUUAGUCAUGUAGCCAUUAUCCAUCCAGCCCAAACACCAGAAGGUUUGGAUUAUUUUCAUAUUUGUACGUUAUACCAGUUUCUAUUUUCCUCUAAAACUUUUUACAGCAAAAAAACACCAUUCAAAUAUAAAAUAUGCAUGUUUUUUUUCUUCUUUCUAGUUUAAAUCUGUAAUGGUCCACUUUUUUUUUAAAUUGGGACACACCUGCUUAGUGGAUCUUACUCCAAAGGAUGUCCAUCCCAUGACAUUUUCUACAUGGAUCAUAGAUGUGUUAUUUUGUGACUGCAGUCUGUCAUCCUGUUGCACUUCUGUAGUCCAGUGCAGGUUAAAAUAAAACAACCCAACAUGAGCAGCUGAUGCGAUAACAAGCGUGUGAAGCUGAAUGAGCCUGUGAUGACCAACUUUGGGAGAAAUCAUAGUGAGGAUUAGAUGAAUUACAUCCAGUUAUUCUGCUUGACAUCUUGUAUCUGACCAGAAAUGAUGUGUAAUUAAAGAUAUUUACUCAAUUGGAUCAAA